AUGUCAGGGGUAGCAGACGGCACGCUUUUGUUUUUGUCGCGGGUCGACAAACUCAUCAGGUGAGGUAUCAGACCUUUAAACGACGCAAUUUCAUCUGCCAAUAGAAUAAACGAUCAUCAGCACUUUUCUCGACAUGUUCCUUGUGGUAUACAUUUGGCCUGCUUUCCUCCUACCAUGUGCCUGGGCACAAACCGGCACGCAGAGCGUCAUCGUGGAGGCGAGGAAUCUUACUGUUGCAGCGGGGUCAGAUGUUGUUUUACCAUGUCAUAACCAGAAGAUCGUUUGGAGGCAGGAUCGCCUGAGGGACCGUCAGCGUGUCGUGCACUGGGAUGUGAUCCGGAGUCGACCGGAUUACACUGUGGAGCGUGUUAUAGAUAUGUUCUCAGGGGGAACAGAGCGCUUGUACAAUGAAUACAACAAGGGCCGUAUUACGAUCUCAAAAGAUGCCUUUAGUGAUGGCAACUUCUCACUGGUUAUUAAUAACGUGGACAUGAAUGAUAAAGGCGUUUAUAUGUGCAACCUACAUCACCACUAUUGCAAGGUCCACCAGUCCAUGCAAAUCCAACUCAAUGUUACUAAAUCACCCCGAAAGGAAAAGCGUGUAUUUAAUGGCGACAAGUCCGUGUUUGUGGUUCUGGAAGGAAAGAGUGUUGUGCUGCCCUGUGUGAACCGUAGACCACUGUGGACGGAUGGGCACAGGGAUGAGGGCCAACAGCAGGUGGUUCACUGGGACUGGCAGGCUCCAGGGGUCAGCCGUGACCGAGCAGACCGCCUCGUCGACAUGUAUGCCUCCGGAGAAAACCGGCAAUACGGACCCCUCUCUCUCCGGAAUAAGAUGAACAUCUCGACCGAUGCUUUUAAAUUGGGGGAUUUUUCCCUCAGCGUCCAUAACAUUCAACCCUCUGAUAAAGGCCUGUUUUCCUGCCAUCUUCACCAUCACUACUGUGGACUACAUGAAAGAAGAAUCUUCCGGGUGAUUGUCGGUCCAGCCGUCCAGCCAUUCCCUCCGGCACGCACCCCUACCAAAGCACCAGAAACACCCACUGCCCGUCCUGCCCUGUCUGCUGAUGAUCCGAAAACAAACAUGGUGGAGGCACCUCACGUCCUCAAUGUGAUUCUACCUGAAAAUCAAACUCACCUGCUGUAUCAGGUGGGCUACAUCCUGGCCAUCUUUCUGAUUCUGCUCCUCAUGCUCAUAGGAAUCAUUAUGAGCACGAGACACUGUAAGAAAAAAGGGCAUGAGUUUCAGGUUCAGAGGUCUCACCGGGGUCGUAGGACAUCCAUUGAGCUUUGUGCCACAGAACUCCAACCCUACCAUCAGGAAGACUUGCGGCUGGACUACAAGAACAACAUAAUGAAAGAAAGAGCAGAAGCACACAUCUAUCCCCCUCCAAAAGUUAUUGAUCUUAAUAGAGAAAUGGAAAGAAUGUCAUGGAAGUGAUGGAUAUCGAGCUGCUGGCUGGUCCAGAGCAAAAUAAAUACAGAGAUUCAGAGACUGAGGUUUACAUUUGAGAACAUAAACAGAAAUACUGUCUUUCAACUGCAGCAUAAUUACGGCUUACAAGAUAAAACCGAAACACACAUCUUAUAACACUCAAGUUUUAUUAUUGUUAACUCAGAUUGGUAAGUUUUUGUCAUAACCACAGUGUAGUGUAAUAGGUGGGCAAUUUUGAGUUAAAUGAACGCAUAGGUAAGAAGUGGUAAGGACAUUUGCUAAAUUCAGCUCUUGGUGAUAGUCUAGAAUUAAAAUGACUGCUUGUUUUACAGUUCAACAACUCAAUCAGGCCAUUACACUGUGGCGCUUACCCAUGCAUUUAUAGAGUUUUUUCCUCUAAGAAUGAUUUUUUUUCUAAUAAAACUCAGGAAAUAAGCUGUGGCAUUUGAAGUAAAAAUAAAAGAUGGUACAGUACACAAGUACACCCCAACAACCUAAUGGCAAUUGUACUAUUCUGAUGUGUAUAUGUAUCUACAGUAUAUAUGUUUUCUUUCAUUUUGAGUCUAGGCCUACUUGACCAGGACUUUUUUGGUCUAUUGUCUUUGUUUUACAGUUUUAGUUUUAUAUGAACAUGGCACAGAGCAGUUUAUUUGGUUUUGACUCUUUUUUUGUUGGUGUCAGUUUUUUUCCUUGGUCACUAAUGCUCAUUUACAUACUGUAUGUUAGGAAGCAUUUUAUUUGAUUUGAAGUGUAUAUUUAUCAUUAGUGUCAGUAGAUGAUCAGGCUGGUAUAGAGGACCAAUGUAAACUUUUAAUAAAGUUUAUUCUGAUUAAUA